AUGUUACCUUAUCUUCUUCGAAUUCAUUCUUCUCCUCCUCCUGCUCAUCGGCUUAUACGUUUAUCUUAUUCUCCCGCUCUUCAUUCUCUUUCUCCUACUCCGAUUUUGAAUUUUGUUUUCUUUCUUUCUCUUUCUUUCUUUCUUUCUUUCUUUUUCUUCCCUUUUUCUUUCUUUCUUUUUCUUUCUUUCUUUCUUUUUUCUUCCUGUCUUCCUUUUUCUUCCCUUCUUUCUUUCUUUCUUUCUUUCUUUCUUUCUUUCUUUCUUUCUUUCUUUCUUUCUUCCCCUGAAAUGAAACAGCGCCUCUGCUAUGUCUAUUUUAUUUCUCUCUUCUUUAUUCUCGUCCUUGUUAUCUUACACGUUUAUUCACAAGUUUCUUUUUCCUCCUCCUCCUCCUCCUCAACUUAUAUCUUUAACAUAUUGUGCUCUUUAUCCUCCUCCACCUCGCGUUUAAUUUUACCUUCUCCCUCCCCUUCAUUCUCCUCCUCCUCUUCCUCGUAUUACACUUGUACCUUUUUCUCUAUUCUCUUCCUGCUCAUGUUACACCAUAACCAUAUUCUCCUCCUCUUUAUUUUCCUCCUCCUCCUCCUUACAAUUUUACCUUAUUCACCACUUCAUUAUUCUCGCCCUUAUUUUACGCCUUUACCUUAUUUGCCUCUUUUUUAUGCUCCACUCACAUCGUCUUACUUCUUAAACAUAUACACCAUUCUCUUCUUCCUCCUUUUACAAUUUUACCAUAUUCCCCUUUUCUCCAUUCUCUUCCUUUUCCUCUUACAAUCUUACCAUAUUCCCCUUCAUUAUCUUUCUUCUCCUAUUACAAUUUUACCAUAUGCCCUUUUACUUCAUUCCCUUCCUAACCUUACAAUUUUACCUUAUUCUCCACCCCUUUAUUCUCCUCACACUUCUUUUCUAUACACAUGUUUUCCUCUUGUUCAUAUUCUUCAUUUGCACCUUCAAAGACAGACAGUUUACUUUAGCCUUACACCACCACCAGAAUAUUAUUCCGCCUUUUCUACUAACCUGCAAAUUGUCUUUAUUUAA